AAUGUUAAGGAUACAUUAUUCCCGCGUCGUCCACCUUCAGUAACAGCAGUCCAAAAAAAAAAAAACCCACCAAAUACGGACAUCUGAACCGACAUACGUCUUGUAGAUCACUUUAUUUCAAACAUACCAACGGCAAUGACGUCACUGGCGGGCAAAUUAAUAAACAAGACAUCAGCACGCGAAGUUGGUGAGUUAUUUUGAAAUAGUUUGUUGCAUCAAAAACUUGCACCUAGUUUUAGAGGGAGAAAAAAAAAAAGCUCUGCACUCAAUUACUAAGUAAAUGAAUAUUUUCAUGUUGUUUUUUUUCUCCCUAAAACUAUGUGUUUUAAAAAAAUAAAUAAACAAAUUGCUGGUUUACUUAACUAACAAAAAUAAUAAUAAAUUAAAAAUGGUAAACGGAAAAAAAAAAUCCUCGAAAAAAUUACAACUUUAUCCAAAAAUAAAUCUACAUUUUUUUUUUUUCGUUCUGUCACAGGGCCGCAACUGAAGCAGUUGUUCGACUACGGAGCGUUCUUCCGGCAGCAGAUUGAGAAGAAAAAGCGGGACAACUCGUACCGCGUGUUUAAGCGUAUACUGCGCAGCAAGGAUCAGUUCCCCUCGGCCGUAGAGACCAGCCACGGGAGCCACAACAUCACCAUCUGGUGCAGCAACGACUACAUGGAGCUCAGCAUGCACCCAAAAGUUCUGGAGGCCAUCAGGUGAGUCCGACAAAGUUGUUCGUACAUUUGUUUUCUGUUAACAAAUUGUCGUUUAUACAGUCAUGCAAAAAUAUCAGCAGAACAUGAAGCUGUUCCCCUUCUAUGUUGUUCACUUUUUAUUUUUUUGUUCGUAAACAUACAAAUCUCUGACACAACAACCAGAAAACCCAGUUCUUGAAGCCAAAAUUCAUAACGACUCAUUUUCUAAAAAAAAUUAUUUUCUUUCCUUUUUCUUUUUAUUUGAGACGGGUGAGCAGGGGCCGGGGGGGGGGAGGGAGAUAUUCCCAGGUGCUGGAAAGCGGUACGCGCGUUUUCUUAUGCAGUAUGCCAUUUAAUUUAACAAGUUAUCAUGACGGGGAAGCGAGUGGAAAGGUUGGUACGGCUUGUCUACUUUGGUUCAGGGCCGAGUGAAGAGGCAUGAAAAGGGGCAGGGGCACCCACCCCCGGACUGCAUCUGCAGAGGGCGUCAAAAACCCUAGUUGUUUUCAUGCAUUUUAUCUGUAUUAAUAUAUAUUUUUUUCCAGGGGUGGGUGGAGGUGAGGAGAAGACGGUGCCUUAAUUCAGGCUUCUCCCCGGGCGCAGCUUUCGCGUGACGCGACCACGUUCAGUACAUUUGGUUGAUGUGACGUCAAGUCAACGUCUUACACAUCUUAAUCUAUUAAUCUGGUUUUCUUUUCGCAAUGGCACCACUGAACUUAAUAUUAAUAGUUCUCAUAUUCAUAGUUUUUUUUUAAACUUCACCGAUAUUUCAACCCAAUAAAUUUAAUUUAUUGCAACAACCUCUAAAACAAAUUCUUCCUAUCAUUUGUGUUUCACAUACCAGUUUUUUUGCACCUUUUACUCUGCUUUCAGAUUUAUUGCAGUCAAACAAUCUCUUAAUUACUUGACAUUAAUUAUUUAUAAUACACAAUGCAGACAAUUGUAAAGUGGAUUUUUAAUCUAAAAUAAAUCUUCAGUUUCAUGAAUUAAGUUCCACUCUCUAAGUUUUGAUCUUUCCCCCCCCCCCCCCUCAACCAUUUACCAGAGAUGCAGUAAGCAAACACGGAAGUGGGUCGGGCGGUUCAAGGUCGAUCUCCGGGAACUCUCCGUUUCACGAAGAGCUGGAAUCUGAGCUCGCCAAAUAUCACCAAAAGGAGGCGGGGCUCGUCUUCAGUUCCGGCUUUGUUGCCAACGAUACGGCUUUAUUUACCCUGGGGAAACAAUUGCCAGGUAAGAAAGAAGGCGUUACCCCGAAGCAGCCAAAUCACUGCACAACCGUUGGUUGCCAUUAAGGCUUUUUUUAUUUAUUUUUUUUUUAAAUUCACGUGGUAGGUUUAUGAAAUAGGAUGACGGGGAAAAAAUGCAUGUUGUUACGCACCUCUUUGGUUUUGAAAAUCUGAUUUAACGUUUGGCUCGUAGAAGAAACAAUGCGCCAACAAAAGACUGAGAAAAAUAGUAUGCAAAGAAAGCGAAACCAAAGCUGGUGAUAUUAAUUAGCAUUCUAUUUAAAAGAAAUAAAAAUUCAAAUAUAGAAACAAAUUAAAACUAAAUCGACGUAUGGCGUAGCAAGUAUAACAUUCCUCGAACAAUGCAGAUAUUAUAUUACAUACACACAAAAAGAGUACAAUCUUACAAUUACAAUCUGUCUCGUAUAUGCUAGGAAAUAUAGCUAUUCCCUCUAUCUCUCUCUUACUGAAAUAUUCUUUCUCUGUCUCUCUCUCUCUCUCUCUCUCUCUGGGAAAACUGCCAGUCUAUAAAGAGAAAUUAAAUCAAAAUCACCAAGUAAAAAAAUAAAUUCUAGAAUUUGCGCAGCCUGAUGGCAUUCUUUAGAACGCGUAGAACGCAUUCGAGCGUAAACAACCUUUUCCCAAUCGAGGACGAGAUGGGUAAGGAUUGACACAUCAUAUUUUACUCGGUGACGUCAAUAUCAAGGAAAUAUCAAGUGGUGGUGGCUAAAUAUUGGCCUAUACAUAAGCCCUACCAUUUUAAAUAUGAAAACUUAACAGUUUUUUUAUUACUUAAAGGAAACAAAAUUACCAGAAGAACAAUCUACAAUAUUCUUUUCGUUUUAAUGCGAAAGGCGAUCGCCAAAACAUCUCUUUGAGUCCUUGAAAUAAAGCUUAACACACUGUUCUACUUACACAAAUUAUUUCUGUCUUAUUAAUUUAAAAUUCAACACCCAAGUCUUAAUUUUUUUAAAAUAAAUAAAUAAUAAUCCAUAGAUUGAGUCGCAGCCAAAAUAUUCACAGCAGAGUUGUUAAAAAUUUUGGUAAGUUAUAUUACAACCAUAUGUGAUUUUUGAUUGUGUGUUUGCAGGACUCCAUUACUUCUCCGACUCUGGCAACCACUCGUCCAUGAUCACUGGCAUCAAGAACAGCCAGGCCGCGAAGCACGUCUUUCGUCACAACAACCCGGGCCAUCUGGAGGAGCUGCUGAGCCAAGUGGACAUCGACGUGCCCAAAGUGGUUGUCUUUGAGACCAUCCACUCGAUGGAUGGUAGGUUUCUUUCCUUCGGCUACAGCUAUAUUUGCCGAUACUCUUACGCGAAGACAUCCGGGAUAUCCAUGUUCCGGAACUUUUGAUAGAUGAACGACAAUGUUUUGUCGUAUAGAUCGGUCUUCUUUCCAAACUUAGGAGUAAUCGCACCUGUGCGGACAAAACAAAAAAUCUAUGACGUAUUUAGGGGCGAAUCACUCAAGGGAAAAAAAAUAAAAUUGAUAAAUAACUAAAGCAUCGGUCACUGGUUAGAUAGAAAACUUAUCCCCAGGUCCGUCAAACUUAAAUAAAAAAUUGGGAAAAACUUUUUUAGAUUAAGUGUGUCCACAUUCGUUUUUUUUUUUUAUAGUAAUGAAAAUGGUAUUUGUGUGUGUGUGUGUGUGUGUAAAAGACAAACUGUAAUGAUAGUUUUACUUUUGGGUUCUGAAAGACUUUGUAAUGAAGGUGGUAUUUUUCGGUGUGAAAGACAUACUGUCAUGAAAUUUAACAGCUCUAGACAAGAAAAAGAAACGAAGGAGUCCAGUAGUUAACAUAUAUUUGCGUAUUGAUGUCAAUUAGAUCAAAGAAUGUCCUUCUUUUAAACAAUAUACUUGACAUUACUUUUAUGAUUUUGAACAUAGAGAAGUUGGCUUCUAGCACAAUAGGGCUAUUGAAAUUUUUUUUUCUCUAAAUUUCGUACUGAAAUUGUCAUUUAAAUUUGUUUUUAGAAAAUUUGUGAAUGCAUUGUUUACAUAUCAUACAAUGAUACACUGGUGUCUUAAUGAAAUAUUUCCACAGGCUCCAUCGCUCCAGCAGAACUGAUGUGUGACGUAGCACAUAAAUAUGGCGCCAUGACCUUUGUUGAUGAGGUCCACGCCGUAGGGAUGUAUGGGAAAACCGGAGCUGGGAUAGGAGAGAGGGACAGUUGUGUGGACAAAAUGGACAUCAUCUCAUCUACUUUAGGUUGGUGAGGUUUGCGUAAACUAGUGGAUAAUCACAUGAUCUACAUGUUUGUGAAGGCAGAGUAAAGAAGUGGACAUCAUAUCCUCUACAUUAGGCUGGUAAGGUUUGAGUAAACUAGUAGGUAUCACAUAAUCUACAUGUUUGUGAAGGCAGAGUAAAGAAGUGGACAUCAUAUCCUCUACAUUAGGCUGGUAAGGUUUGAGUAAACUAGUAGGUAUCACAUAAUCUACAUGUUUGUGGAGGCAGAGUAAAGAAGUGGACAUCAUAUCCUCUACAUUAGGCUGGUAAGGUUUGAGUAAACUAGUAGGUAUCACAUAAUCUACAUGUUUGUGGAGGCAGAGUAAAGAAGUGGACAUCAUAUGCUCUACAUUAGGCUGGUAAGGUUUGAGUAAACUAGUAGGUAUCACAUAAUCUACAUGUUUGUGAAGGCAGAGUAAGGAAGUGGACAUCAUAUGCUCUACAUUAGGCUGGUAAGGUUUGAGUAAACUAGUAGGUAUCACAUAAUCUACAUGUUUGUGAAGGCAGAGUAAGGAAGUGGACAUCAUAUGCUCUACAUUAGGCUGGUAAGGUUUGAGUAAACUAGUAGGUAUCACAUAAUCUACUACAUGUUUGUGGAGGCAGAGUAAAGAAGUGGACAUCAUAUCCUCUACAUUAGGUUGGUAAGGUUUGAGUAAACUAGUAGGUAUCACAUAAUCUACAUGUUUGUGAAGGCAGAGUAAAGAAGUGGACAUCAUAUCCUCUACAUUAGGCUGGUAAGGUUUGAGUAAACUAGUAGGUAUCACAUAAUCUACAUGUUUGUGAAGGCAGAGUAAAGAAGUGGACAUCAUAUCCUCUACAUUAGGUUGGUAAGGUUUGAGUAAACUAGUAGGUAUCACAUAAUCUACAUGUUUGUGAAGGCAGAGUAAAGAAGUGGACAUCAUAUGCUCUACAUUAGGUUGGUAAGGUUUGCGUAAACUAGUAGGUAUCACAUGAUCUACAUGUUUGUGAAGGCAGAGUAAAGAGGUGGACAUCAUAUCCUCUACAUUAGGCUGGUAAGCGCUCUGGGAAGACUGAGCUGAGAAAUCAUAAGGAAAAAAAUAAACAUUUCUUGAAUUAUGAUAACAUUUAUGUCUUCUGUAUUGCAUACUUAUAAAGGGACACAUGCUUAAAUGGGGACAUAAUCUGUGUUAGGGGACAUGAGCAAUACGCUGCAAAUUCCAUCAGCCUAAUGUCUAAUUGUUUAAGGCUCCAAGUAGACUUUUCCCUACUAUUUGUGGGCUCCGUUAUCUUAGGCUUCCAGACGUUGAGUGUCACGUGCCAAUUUGUUGCGUCAUGUGAUAUGGCUUGUCUAAUAUGUCAUUGUUGGUGCCAUAAACAUUACAUGCCAACCUGUACGGGUUGCCUGUACUUUGUACGGGUUUUUAAACGUGUUUCCGGUUGUACGGCGUUACAUGACGUGGAACGUUAUAUCAAAAGGGGACGUAAUCAACACACCGUAACAAAAGAAAACGGCAAACGGACAACUUUGUGCAGUUGUUCGUUCCCCCAGGUUGGCUUGUAUACCUAUAUGACGUCACUUGUAUCGCUCGCUUCGUAUUUUGAGUUAAUUUUAUUUGAUUGGAUGAGUGGCGUGGCAUACCGUUGGUUGCCAAGACACCUAGUCUUUCUCUAUUACUAUUGCCAACUGCACUAUUUCGUGCACUCAUUUGCAGAGGAUCUGGUCUCCUGCCAAUUUUUUUUGCAAACUGUUUAACACAUCUGAUCUUCAAGCUCUAGAACAUUAAUGAGAUGUUGAAAUGACACUUAAAUGGAAUAAUUUCAUAUGUUUUUCCAAGGGAAGGCAUUCGGUGUCAUGGGCGGCUACAUCGUGGGGGACACUGACGUCAUUGAUGUCGUUCGUAGCUACGGCAACGGGUUUAUAUUCACCACCGCUCUCCCUCCACACAUUAUGGCGGGCUGCUUGGCAUCACUCAAGGUAAAUAUGAUCGUGAGAAGAUCUUUGAACCCUAAAGCAAGAUCAUCUUUGCUAGAUGCAUGUUAUUUUAUUUAAGAUAAAUGAAUUCUAUUUCCUAUCUUAUGAAUACGACUUACAUCUAUAAAGUAUUAAUUUAAUUGAGGGGAAACCAACAAUCAUAUAAAGUAUAUACAACCCAACAUUUAACGCUACAACUGAUUCCGAUACUAGCUACUUAAUCAAGGAUGGCCAACCCACGGCCCGCGGGGUGGCAGGCGGACCAUCAUGUUAAGUAUUGCGGCCAACCGGAUGUGUAACAAAUGAACUCCUUUCUCCAUUCAAUUUCGCUUAUUUUUUUUAUUCCUGGUGUAACUUACCGUUAUAUGUUUUUUUCAAAUGUAAUCUGUUUUAAGAUUUGACUCGUUUGUUGAGCAAUACGAAACGAAGGACUGAAAACCAGUUGACAAAAAAAAUAAAACGAUACCAAACUGACCGAUAUGAAUCAUAUUUAAUUGAGUUAUACUGUUAAGUUUAUAAAAAAAACAACAAAACAUUCUAGUAUACUAAAAAAAUUAAAAACGAUAUUAAUUUACAACAAAGCAAGUGAAAAGUAUAAUCCUCGGAAAAAAAAAAUAUACACACACAAAGAGUACAUUCUUGUAAGGCUCCUAUACAUUUUAUUAAGUCUCGCUAAUGUCUAAGCAAUCUGGCACAAAUCUCUUCCGGUAGGGAAAUCUACCAGCCUAUUUAAAGGGAGUGAGUUGAAAAGGAAAUUCUAGAAAUUGCAUCACCCGAUAGCAUCCUUCAGAGCGAUUUAGAGAGUAUUCGGACGUAAACAGCGUUUUCCCAAUCAAGGGAGGGGUGGGCAAUAGGCAAAGCGCUACGCAUUCAAUCGAUGACGUCCCUAUCAAAACAAAGAAUUGGUGAGAGAAGCGGUGGAUCCUUUAGGUCUACUUUGAACCAAAACUGGGUCAGCACACACACUAUUAUACUUGGUACAACUUUUUAGUUUUUUUUAAUACAUCUUUUAUAUUUUUUUAUUCAAGGUACGCACCUUAACGCACUGGUGCGGCAUACCACCCCCUUUUAGACAAAUUAAAAAAAUCAAUUUAAAUUAUUAAUCUAAAAUGCAACUUAUAAAUCAAUAUUUCGACUAAAUUAUAACUAAAAUAAAAGAUUAAUAUAACCACGACUAGGUCAAGGUGACACCUAAAAUUCCGCUAUUACCUCCUCUGUUGUUAUCUAACUCGGUGACAGUACUAAGUUUCUAAUGCUACAAAAGGCAUCCCUGAAUUCAUCAAACAUUUCCUGCGGAGGGGGCACUCCAGACCAUUACACCACUUUGCUCGAGCGCCUUCCGCCAGUGGUCUCAAUUUUUCUCUCCCCCCCCCCACGCCCCAUCCCACCCCCGAUGAUCAAAGUGACAGUGCUUAUUUGUCUACAAUAAAGCGAUGCUACAUCAUCUGAAGCUUCUGCGCUCAACGAUCUCUGUACCCCCUUUGCUCGAGCGCCCUCCGCCAGUGGUCUCAAUUUUUCUCCCCCCCCCCCCCACGCCCCAUCCCACCCCCGAUGAUCAAAGUGACAGUGCUUAUUUGUCUACAAUAAAGCGAUGCUACAUCAUCUGAAGCUUCUGCGCUCAACGAUCUCUGUACAUAAACCUUUUGUGAGGUUUUGCUAAGACGUGGUGUGAAAUACGCCCCGCGUACAGUAGACUCGCCAACAACUGGCCAGUGCAGUCACCAUGGUUGGUCAAGCUCGUUCUAAGAGAUGUCUAACUUAUACCAUUUUACCAUAUCGCCAUGAAAUUAUAGAACCACUAUAUAACUUUUAACUUAAUCUAAACAUUCUACUUGAUCUUAUUCCAUUUGUGAACGCCUUCUUUCUUGACUCAGAUUCUGCAAAGUCCCGAAGGCAAAGAACGCCGUGACAAACUCCAUGACAACGUCGCCUAUUUAAAACGUGAACUGUUGUCGGCUGGGAUACCUUGCAUUCCUGGGUCUAGUCACGUGAUUCCAGUUAUUGUAAGUCGAUAGAUUUAUACAUCUACGUUCGUGACGCUAUGUCAAGAAAUAAAUGGCCACAGUCUAAGACUGAAGUUGGCAUUAUGUAAGUUCUGGUAAAGAUUUCAAGUAAGGGACCAUUGGUUUCAGAACUGAGAAUAGUUGAAGUGGUCUCGCAUAGUUCAGUGAAGGUAGAAAUGGUUUCAUAGUUCAGGUACGGGGAAAUGGUUUUAAAGUUCAGGUAAGGGGCAAUGGUUUCAUAGUUCAGGGAAGCGGUAGGAAGUUUCAUUUAGUUGUCAAUUCAUUUAGAAAAGUGAUUAUUUUUAGAGGAAUGCGAUUCAACAUUAUAACUAAUAAUAGCAUGUUUUCCUUGGAAAUUUUCGAAUGGGCCGGGUCGCCUGCAGAAGAGUACGACAGCUUGUAGUACGUACCAUCCACAGAAUAGUACCACAGGUUUAACCAAGUCCCACCCAUAUGCCAAUCAUUUUGCUAACGCUACAGGUGGGAGACGCCAAGGCGAGCUCCAGGUUGUCCGACGAUCUCGUUCAGCGAUACGGAAUCUACGUUCAGCCCAUCAACUUCCCCAGCGUACCACGUGGUACUGAGAGACUCCGGGUGGCGCCUACUCCAAGUCACACUCACUUAAUGAUGGACCGAUUCGUGGACUGUCUCUCCAGGCUUUGGAAGGUGGGUAAUAUAGUAUAGUAGUUACUAUCCGAAUGUCUCUGGUUUUUCAUUUUUAUUUUACUUAGUUUACAUGUCUUUAAUAAUUGUAAAGCGCUUAGAGCUUUAAGGUAAGCGCUAUAUAAAAAUGCCUAAAUAAAUAAAUAAAUAAUAUACCGUGGGUUGUCUCCCCGGAAGGUGGGUGGUCACGUGGUUGUUUUUCAAGGCCGUGGAAGGAAGUUGUUUUUAGAGAGGGAUUUUAACAGUGGGAAUUUCUAAUAGUCGUUGUAAAUUCGCUAGAAUAGAAGUUUUUCGGGUUUAUGAAGUAUGUAUCUGUGCAUGCCCAAUACACAUAGAACUGUACUCAAUGAUUCGGCGAAUGUGUUCUUGACCAGUGGUGACCCUGCCAUAAACAUUUGAAUUGAUCUUUGCCUAGUGGCAAUGUCAGCGCUUCUAAGACAUUUCGCGCUAAGAUUUUAUGAACAACAGAAAAUAACUUUCAAUGAUUAUACGUUCCAUCUGACUACGUCUCUAAACGUGGCUCCCAUCCAUGUUUUUGGUGAGACUGGAUUGCGUGGCGUCAAACUAAGAUACAUGACCUUAAUGGGAGUCGCUUAGUCGAUUGGUUUGUCACGUGAUGAGAGUAAAAACGAGUAAGACUUCCGGGAGGCUGUAUACCACACACUAGUGCUUGACAACAGUAGCCCGUUACACACUACAACUAGUGAUUCACCUUGCCUGACGUAUAUUUAGUGUCCCAGUUAUGUAUUUCAUGCAAAAAAAACACGUGUAUUCCUGAAUUUUUUGAAAGGUAAAAUUUUAAGUCACAUGACAUUGGGGAAGCAAUGAUGAAGUAUCUUUUGUUGUGUGUAGCAGCCUAGUGAUGGCUUACUCUCAUCACGUGACCAAACAAGGAAGUGACUAAGCGACUCCCAUUAGUUCAUAAUUUACUGAUUUGAAAUAAAGAUUUAAAAAAAGGUUUAUUUGUUGUACGCUAUUGUUCCUAGUAUGAGAAUAAAUUACAUAUAAUAACACAUCUAAUAGCUUCCUCUAAUUGAAAGAUGCCUUCUUGUUGACAGGAGAACGGUCUUGCGUUCGUACCUCAUGAAAAUAAGAGCAGUUGAAAACACGAUUGAGUUCCCACCCUUGCUUUCCGAGACAUGCUUGGAUUUGUAGAGAGGAUCACAGUGGAGUUGGCAGGUUUAUGUGAACGCCCAACGAGAUGGUGGCAUAGUUGGAAAUGAGAGAGUGGAUGAAAUAGAUAACCUCAGCUCACCGUCUCCAUAACUUCACCUUUUGACAUCAUUUACAUCAUAAACACUGUACGCGGUCAAGAUCUUUUCAACGCUUGUAAAGCCUGGAAUGUAUAGUAUUUGCCAGUUAGUGGACACGACACAUUGCUCUUGGUCGCAGUGGCGCCUGUUGAUUUGUUAACAUUCAGUUGAACAAGGCAUUAAGAAAAAAAAAGAGAACUGUGUGCUUAGGUCAACACAAAGGUCUGGGUGUAAGAUAAUGUUUUGUUUUGUUAACCUCAUAACAUUACAUCAUAACGUUGUAACACUUGAGAUCGAAAGUUUGUUACUGUACUAAAGUACUGUUUGAAAAAUAAUAUAUAUAUUUUUUGUGGCUUUGUUUUGUAUGAUUUUCCAGUGAUAUGUAAUUGCAUAAUUUUUUAUGUAUGGAAAACAGAAUGUUUCGACAAAAUAUGUAUAAAUGUAUGUUAUUUAUUUAUCCUAUGAUAGUGACAUCCAUUUUUUUUUUAAAAAAGGGAUGGUUUCAUCUUACUGGAUGUGGAUCUGUUCAGUGAUUAUUUCAGAAAGUUUCGCCGGGGGGGGGG